AUGGAGUUGUACGGAAGGAGAAGCGGGUCAGAAUCGGGUCAGCAGCAGGUGGAAUGGGCUCCGGCAGGGCAAGAACCCGGUUUGGAAGAAUCGAUGCGAAGGUUGAAUUUGUGGGAAAGUGUAGUGUACCCGGAGAGGCCAGGUGCGGCAGAUUGUGGGUACUAUAUGAGAACCGGGUCCUGUGCAUAUGGCACAAAGUGUCGGUAUAAUCAUCCCCGUGAUCGUGGAAGCUCGAUUGGGGGUGUGAUGAGAGAGCAUCCAGAGCGGGUAGGGGAGCCUUCAUGUCAGUAUUAUUUAAGGACAGGGGCCUGUAAAUUUGGUCCAUCCUGCAAGUUCAAUCACCCGAAAAAUGCUGGUGGAUCCUUGAUCAAUGUGCCUCUAAAUAUUUAUGGAUAUCCAUUACGACCGGGUCAGCAAGAAUGCUCCUACUAUUUACAAAAGGGGCAAUGCAAAUUUGGUAGAACAUGUAAAUUUGAUCAUCCUCAACCAGUUGGUUUAUCAGUGCCAGCACCUGCACGUUCAUUUUAUCCAACAGUGCAGUCUCUUUCUGCUCCUUCUGAGCAAUAUGACAGCACAUCGAGCACUUAUAGAGUUGGAAGGCCUCCUUUAUUGCCUGGUUCAUAUGUGCCCGGUGCUUAUGCUCCCAUGUUGCUUCACCCAGGAGUGGUUCCGAUGCCAAACUGGAAUCCGUACUCAGGACCAGUUAGCCCAGCACCAUCACCUGGUGCUCAACCCUCAGUUGGAGGAGCUUCCGUGUAUGGAAUGUCACAGCUAGCGUCUUCUGCACCUGCCUUUACGGGAGGUUAUGCCCAGUCACCCUCUUCUGCCUCCCCUUUGAGCGCCGGUGUAACAUCGCAACACCAAUUACCAGAAAGACAUGGUGAGCCUGACUGCAAAUACUACAUGAGAACUGGGGGUUGUAAAUAUGGAUCAUCUUGUAGGUAUAACCAUCCACCAAACUGGGUUGAUACAAACACAAAUUGUGCGCUUAGCCCCUUGGGCCUACCUCUGCGUCAGGGGAUGCAGGCCUGCUCUUUUUAUUUGCAGAAAGGACACUGCAAAUUCGGGCGUACUUGCAAAUUUGAUCAUCCAAUGGGAACUGGAAUUAAUCCAGCUUCAUCGGUCGGAACUGGAUCUUGGUAUAAUCAGGAUGAUGUAGCCUUCUGGAAACAAGUCCAGUGGUUAUGUUCGCCAGAUGUUUUCAAACUGUUAAAUGAGAUUUAUCCUUCGAGUACAUAUAGAAGCACAGGAAAGGAUAGGGAAAUUCGUCAUUCAAUAUAA